AUGUCCAAAAUGCCUGUCUCCGUCUCAAAGAGACGACCGAGAACAUCCAAAAAAACCGAAACCGAGAAACCCGAGAUAACACCUAAAGAUUCUCGUACUUGCUCCAGAUCAAUUCUCUAUCGUGUACCUCUCACGAUUCUCUUUCUCUUCUUCAUUUAUCUUUGGUCCACUUCCACGACCGUUAUCUCCGGUAAUGUAGUUCACAUUUGCAUCUCUUCGCGGAAGCUCAAUGAUCUUUAUUGUCUCACUGCCGGUUCUCAGCCGGCUUUACGUGUGCCAGCCAACAAUUUCACUAAACCGGUUAGUGAAGGUGUGGUAAGAAGUCAAGAAGAGAAGAACGUUCUUGUUCUUGGUAAAGAUGAAGACAAGGGUUUCGCAAACAAUGAAACGUUCUCGGGAGAAAGAGACAAAUCUACCAUCGGAACAAGCCUCAACGUCAUAAAGAAUGAAACUUUCACCGGGGAAAGAAUUUCCAUUCUUGAUCAAGAUUCUAAACCUAUCCAUGAGGAGAAUAUUGAUUCCGUUCUUGAUCAAGAUUCUGAAUCCAAAGUUAACGAGAUUGAUCACGAUGUGUUGAUUGACUGGGAUCCAGAAACCGGCGAAGAACGAUACAGAUAUUUCAAAUCUAAGGACGAAGACGAGGAAACCGCUCUGAAAGCCGUUGAAAAGUAUCUUCAAGUACAAAGAUCUUGGCUAUCGAUGGGAAGCAACCGCAAAAAGCCUAGAUCUUGCGAAGGACAAGGGGUCUACGUUUACGAUUUACCGUCCAAGUUCAACAAAGAUUUGUUGGGGGAAUGCUCCGAUAUGGUUCCAUGGGCUAAUUUUUGCAGCUACUUCAAGAACGAUGCAUUUGGUGAAUUGAUUGAGACUCUCGGUAAAGGCUGGUUCAAAACGCAUCAGUAUUCUCUUGAGCCGAUCUUUCACUCUAGAGUUUUGAAGCAUCCAUGUAGGGUUUAUGAUGAGAGCAAAGCGAAGCUCUUCUAUGUGCCUUUUUAUGGUGGUAUCGAUGUUUUGAGAUGGCAUUUCAAGAACGUUUCUGAGGAUGUGAAGGAUGUUUUGGCGAUCGAGGUUGUUAAAUGGCUCGGAUCAAAGCAAUCAUGGAGAAAAAACGCUGGAAAAGAUCAUGUUUUUGUUCUCGGAAAGAUCUCUUGGGAUUUUAGGAGGAAUGAUAAGUUUUCUUGGGGGUCAAGUUUACUUGAGAUGCAAGAAAUGAAAAACCCUACAAAGCUUCUCAUCGAACGUAAUCCAUGGGAAGCUAACGACGUGGCGAUACCUCAUCCGACAUACUUCCACCCUAAAACCGACGAUGAUAUCGCCAACUGGCAAAAUAAGAUCAUCGGAAAGCCUCGUCGGAGCCUAAUCAGCUUCGCCGGUGGAGCAAGACCAGGCAAGCCUGAUAGCAUCCGGUCAAUAUUGAUUGACCAAUGCAAAUCAUCUCCAAACCAAUGCCGGUUUUUGAACUGUACCGCCGGAGGCUGCGACAAACCGGAAACGGUUAUCGAGCUUUUCCGGGAUUCGGAGUUCUGCCUCCAACCGCCCGGAGACAGCCCGACAAGGAAAUCGAUUUUCGAUUCCCUCAUAUUAGGUUGUAUUCCGGUGAUCUUUGAUCCGUACAGCGCGUAUUAUCAGUACACGUGGCAUUUACCGGAAGAUCACCGGAGAUAUUCAGUGUAUAUAAACAAAGAAGACGUGAAGGUAAAGAAAGUGAGUGUGAUCGAGAAGUUGAUGUCAAAGACACUAAGGGAAAGAGAGGAUAUGAGGAGUUACAUUGUUCAUGAGCUUUUGCCUGGUUUGGUCUAUGGAGAUAGUAAUGCCAAGUUUGAGAGGUUUCGAGAUGCUUUUGAUAUUACUAUGGAUAGUUUACUCCGUAAGAUUACAAAAACUGUAUAAUUUUUUGUUUUCUUUGAAUCUCAUUGUCAAUUUUUUUUAAUCAAAUGUAGUUCGAUUAUUUGAAUAUUUUAGGUUUCAAAAAUUGAUGUGACCUCAAAAGAUGAUUCCCAAAAUGUUUA